GGCAGGCGCCAGGGAGGGCUGGCCGCCCCACGCUGCCGCCGCCCGCCGGGGAUUCCCCCAGGCCGGCGCCCGGGGAAGUCCCUGUACGCGCGUAUAAGACAGCGGCGCCGCGGAGCGCACCCCAGGCCGGCAGUCCCCAGCCAUGUCGCGCGGCCUCCGGCUCCUGCUCCUGAGCUGCGUCUGCAGCCUGGCGUCCGCGACGCGGGAGGUGAAGGUGGCUUGUUCCGAGGAGGCGGACUUACCGUGCACCGUCCACACGGACCCUCAGGGCCCCUACAGAGUCUUCUGGGCCAAGCUGACGGAGGGUGGUGAGGAGAGGAUGGAGGUGCUCCAGGAGGGUCUGGGGUCCCACCGGCAGAAAGAAGCCUUCUUAGAAGCCUCCGGGGAAGGGCUCUACUUGAAGAUCCGGAACACUAGCCACUGCCACGCGGGGACAUACAGGUGCACGGUGGAGGAGCUGGAUGGGCAGAGAAAUCAAAGUGGCACCGUGAUCUUGAAAGUGACAGGGUGCCCUAAGGAACGCAAAGAGGACACUUUUCAGAAAUACCGAGCUGAGAUUGCGCUGCUGUUGGCGCUGGCCGUCUUCUACUUAACACUCAUUAUUUUCACUUGUUUUGCACAACAACAGAGUAUUUUCCCAGAUUUUUCUAAGCCUGUCAUGGAACGAGCGUUUCUUCCAGUCACCUCCCCACAGAAACAUUUGGAGCCAGUGACUCUUCCCAAGAUGGAAACAGUAUGAGCAGGAUUUCUGCCCGUUGUAUUUCCUAAAGUCGAAGAAGGCUCAGUGGUAUGCCGGGACGUCCCACAGGACAAGAGAAGAAUGAGCCCCACACCGAAGAAAGCAUCCUGCCUGGGAAAGGAUGUCCUUCUGAAACCCAUGACAGCGGAUCCCAGCCCACUUUUUUGUGAGCAGGACUUGGGAAACUAUUAUGUGAACACGUAGUGUGGGGCCACCUGCAGGAAGUCCCCGGUUCUGUAGCUCCACAGCUACCUUCCCUAGCAUGUUCCUCAGCUAUCUGGUCAACCUCUUGGAACUCUUUUCAGUCAGGUACAAGCUAUGGUGGGACGCAGUUGGAAAGGGAUCUUGGGAAAUACGGAUGCCUGGAGCCGGCCCUGUGACAGACUUUUCAGGACCACUGUCCUCUGCACAUCUGGGAAACAUCUCUUUGAAUUUGCUGUGUUUUCUUGCACCAGCCCAGAUGGUUUAUAUCUGGGAGAAAUUGACAGGCCAAAUUGUGAGACAGUGGGGAAUAUUUAGCAAACAAUUUCCCAGUGUGAAGCCUCUGCUAUUACGAAGGAGUAUUGUGUGUACAUAGAAAUAACAAGUUGAUGAACUGUUCUCAAAUGGGGCCUUUUCAUCUGGGAAAGACACCCAUAAAAGAGCAAUAAAGAAGAGUGCUAUGUUUAUUUUUAUAUCCAUAGAUACCCGUCAAAGAAGGAUUUGUCUUUUGUUCUCCUUUUGGAAUCUACAGGUAUAGUUAGGUGUCAGGGCUGAUGGACAAGUGACCUCAGUAUGGAGAGUGAGUGAGAGGUCACAGAUGUCAGAGGGCAUGACCAUGGGACAGCUGGAUAGGUGAUGACAGGCUGGAGAUGCUGGCCCAGUCAUGCAAUCUGGCUUCUAGCCCCAGUCGUCUCACUACCUGGCUGUAUGAUCUUGAACAGGGUCCUCAUGAUUACUCCUUUCUCAGUUGUAAACCGAAAGGUUGUUGUCUGAGUUGAUUGCAAUAAUGUAUGUGAAAAUGCUUUGGAAAAGCAUAAAGCACUAUAAAAAUUUGAAGCUCCA